AUGGGAAAUGGCGACGAGGAGAAGGUGGAAGGCCUCCACCACGCUCGGCAGCCCCCGCACGGCGAGUCUUCCUCCUCCUCCCCUUCCUCCCGCCACGCCACGAAGCGCCGACGCGCGCACGGCGCGGCAGCAGCCAUGGCCGACCGCUUCUUCCCCAACGACCUCCCCGACUUCGUCGCCGAGGCACCCGACGGCGGCGACCCUCCCGCCGCCGGGCUCCGCGGCCUGCUCUCUCUCCCUUACCCCAGGCUCUCCGACCGGCUCCUCCGCGCCGCGCUCCGGCUCAAAGACAAGGCACGCCGUCUUUGCUUCAUUUCUUGUGUUGUGGUUUCAUUUCGGGGCGCGCGCGCGCGAGGUGCUCGACUGAUUGAUCGUGUCCUGCAGGUCGUGCAAGAGACAUGGACUAGGACGGGGGGGCAGGUGACGGACUACACGCUCUACACGGGCGCGCUCGGGACGGCGCUCCUGCUGUUCAAGUCCUUCCAGGUCACCGGCGACCGCCGUGAUCUCAACCUCGCCAGCGACAUCGUCCAAGCCUGCGAUGCCGCGUCGCUUGGCCUACCGUUCUUGACUUUCAUAUGUGGGAGGGCCGGUGUCUGCGCUCUCGGAGCAGUGAUCGCGAAGCAUUGCAAUGAUCAGUUGAUGGAGACCAACUUUCUGAGCUCGUUUGAUGAGAUAAUUAUCACAGAGAAAGUUCCAAAUGAGCUGCUGUAUGGAAGGGCGGGCUAUUUGUGGGCUUGUUUGUUCCUGAAUGAGCAUCUCAGUGACAAGACAAUUCCUGCCGAACACAUUAGUUCUGUAGCAAAGGACAUAAUUAGGGAGGGAAGGAAGCUGUCGAACAAGGGGAGCUGCCCGCUGAUGUAUGAGUGGCAUGGGAAGAAGUACUGGGGUGCUGCCCAUGGACUUGCUGGAAUCAUGCAUGUUCUCAUGCACACUGAAUUGAAGCUGGAUGAGCAGGAUGACGUGAAGAAUACUCUGCAGUACAUGAUCAGUAACCGGUUUCCAAGUGGAAACUACCCCUCGAGUGAAGACAGUGAAUCCGAUCGCCUGGUGCAUUGGUGCCAUGGUGCCCCUGGUGUUGCUCUUACACUCGCUAAGGCAUAUCAGGUCUUCCAAGAUGAUCACUUCAAGCAGUCCGCUGCAGAGGCUGCUGAAGUUGUCUGGAACCGUGGUCUUCUCAAGCGAGUUGGAAUAUGCCACGGUAUAAGCGGGAAUGCCUACGUAUUCCUCUCACUUUAUAGGCUAACUGGCAAUGUUGAGUACCUCUACCGGGCUAAGGCUUUUGCUUGCUUUCUGCUUGAAAAUGCUGAUCGAUUGAUUGCUGAGGAGGCCAUGCAUGGUGGUGACCGUCCGUUUUCAUUGUUUGAAGGAAAGGCUGGGAUGGCAUAUCUCCUUUUAGACAUGGUUAACCCCUCGGAAUCAAGGUUCCCCGCCUACGAACUUUGA